AUGUUGAAUGCCUUCGAGGUACAUCGUGAUGACAGAGCUGAUAGCACGACAUCGCAUGCUACAAUUAUCAAGUUCACGAAGGCCAGUAAUGCAAUCAUCGUUGUGGACUUGGAUAUAGUGAUGCUUGCAGCACAGUUGUUACUAUCGGCUCGAACAUUCUACGAAGUCAUAUUGUGCGUCCAUCCUAUGAACCAUGAGCGAUUGGUAACCCUAACCCUGGGUGCAGGAUACCUAGGUAAAGGCAAGCAGAGAGCCGACCCACCCCAAGCCUCCCGUGGUCCUCUCAACUAA